AUGGCAGCAACCUCCCUUUCUAUUUCCAUACUGAUAGUAGCAUGGGUUAUCUGGAUCUUGUUAUGCUCUAAGUGUUUGGAUAAUGCACUUCAUCAACUUGUUGUCGUUGCAUCUGGAUCGUCUGCCCUUCAACUUAAACAAGCCAAGGCUUUGCAGGAGACUGGGUGGUGGUCGUCCACUACUAUCCAAGCCCGUAGUAAUUAUUCAAGUGUUUGCCUCUGGGAUGGUAUUAUUUGCAAUGCUGGUGGAAGUGUCACAGCCAUCCUUAGAUCUAAUCAAAGAUUGGGAGGUCAGUUGAUCAAACUCAACUUCUCUUUCUUUCCAAAUUUAGACAGUCUUGAUCUUAAUGGGAACAACCUUACCGGGCUCAUCCCAUUUGAGAUAGGAAUGCUAAAAAGUCUAACUUAUUUAGACCUUGCUUCGAACAUGUUCGUGGGUCCAAUCCCUUCCAGUUUAAGCCAUUUAAUUAAUUUGAGAUAUUUAGAUCUUCGUCAGAAUAAAAUCAAUGGAUCCAUUCCCUCCGAAAUAGGGAUGUUGAAAAACUUAACCUCUUUGUACCUUUCUUCAAACAUGCUCAUCGGUCCAAUCCCUUCCACUUUGGGUCAUUUAACUAAUUUGAAAUAUUUGGUCAUAACUCGGAAUAAAAUCAAUGGAUCAAUUCCCUCCGAAAUAUGGAUGCUAAGAAAUCUAACCUAUUUAUCUCUUGAUUCAAAUAUGCUCGUUGGUCCAAUCCCUUCUACUUUGGGUCAUUUAACUAAUUUGAAAUUUUUGUUCAUUGGUCAUAAUAAAAUCAAUGGAUCCAUUCCCUCUGAAAUAGGGAUGCUAAAAAAUCUGACCUUUUUAAGCCUUUAUUCCAACAUGUUCAUCGGACCAAUCCCUUCCACUCUGGGUCAUUUAACUAACUUGAGAUAUUUAUUCCUUGAUCAGAAUAAAAUCAAUGGAUCCAUUCCCUCCGAAAUAAGGAUGCUAAAAAGUCUAACCUCCUUAAGCCUUAAUUCCAAUAUGCUCGUCGGUCCAAUCCCUUCCACUCUGGGUCAUUUAACUAAUUUGAGAUAUUUAGGCCUUGGUCAGAACAAAAUUAAUGGAUCCAUUCCCUCUGAAAUAGGAAUGCUAAAAAGUCUGACCUUUUUAGGCCUUUAUUCUAACAUGGAUGCUAAAAAAUCUGACCCAUUUACUCCUUAG